AGAGAGAGAGAGAGAGUGCGCGAGAGAGAGUGAGCGAGAGAGGAAUGCGCCGCUAAUGAGAAAACGGACCAUCGCGGAGCACGAAAGAGCGGACAGCGAAAAGGGGAGAGGAGGAAAAACGUAGAAAUUAUCUAAACCGCAACAAAAAAAAUAGCAGAAAGGGGAGGUGGAGAACGACGAAAAUCGUCACAUAUAUUCGUUGGAAGGAUGACAUUUACCCUAUACUGGUGAAUAGAAUCCAACUAGGAUUUUUAAUGCUGUCCUCAAGGAGAAUUGAGCUAACGGACUUACUGGUCUUCUGAACCAUGCACAGGCUUUUGCUCCUGAGUUUGGCGCUGAGUUUUCACCGUGUGUGGACAGCGCGUUUCUCCCAGGAGCCAGCGGACCAGUCGGUGGUGCUGGGCCAGAGGGUGAUUUUGUCCUGUGUUGUGUUUAACUACUCGGGCAUUGUGCAGUGGACCAAGGAUGGACUGGCCCUGGGCAUCGGAGAGGACCUCAGGGCCUGGCCGAGGUACCGUGUGUUGCGGGUGCAGGAGCUGGGCCAGUAUAACCUGGAGAUCAUCUCAGCUGAGCUGUCUGAUGACUCCCUGUACGAGUGCCAGGCCCCUGAUGCUGCACUACGUUCUAGAAGAGCCAAACUCACCGUCCUCAUCCCCCCAGAUGACCCAGUGAUAGAUGGGGCCCCUGAGGUGCUGCUGAAUGCAGGGGACCACUAUAACCUGAGCUGUGUGUCCCGCGGGGCCAAGCCCCCUGCCAUGAUAGAGUGGCAGAAAGACGGGAUCCCUGUAGAUGGAGCAGUCAGCACUACCGAGGUGCUCCCAGACAGGAAGAGGGUGACGACCCACAGCUUCCUGCCCAUCCACCCAGUGGACACAGACACAGGGAGGAACUAUAGCUGCGUGGCCAGUAACCUGGCUAUCCCCACCGGGAAACGCACCACCGUCACCCUCAACGUACACCACCCCCCCACGGUGACCCUGUCCAUCGAGCCUCGCUCCGUCCUAGAGGGGGACAGAGUCACCUUCACCUGCGCAGCCUCCGCCAACCCUCCUAUCAUGGGAUACAUGUGGGCUAAAGGUGGAGUGAUCCUGCAGGGGGCCAGAGAGAGUGUGCUCACCACCAAAGCUGACCAUUCCUUCUUCACUGAGCCAGUGUCAUGCUCAGUGUUCAACGCCGUGGGCAAAACCAACGUCAGCAUCCUGGUCGAUGUACACUUUGGUCCUAUUCUGGUAGUGGAGCCCAGACCAGUGACAGUGGACAUGGACUCUGAUGUCGCUCUGAACUGCAAAUGGGCCGGCAACCCUCCUCUAACACUUACCUGGACCAAGAAGGGCUCCAAUAUGGUCCUUAGUAAUAACAACCAGCUGUUCCUGAAGUCAGUGAGCCAGGCGGACGCUGGGCAGUACGUGUGUAAGGCCAUCGUCCCCAGGAUCGGAGUGGGAGAGACAGAGGUCACGCUCACUGUCAACGGUCCCCCCAUCAUCUCCAGUGAGCCCGUCCAGUAUGCGGUGAGGGGGGAGAGAGGAGAGGUCAAAUGCUAUAUUGCCAGCUCUCCACCACCGGACAAGAUUGUGUGGGCGUGGAAGGAGAACGUAUGGGAGAAGGAGAAGGGAACUCUGUUGGAGAGGUACACGGUGGAGCAGAGUAAACCUCUGUCUGAGGGAGGGGCUGUCCUCUCCACCCUCACCAUCAACAACGUCAUGGAGGCUGACUUCCUGUCCACCUACAACUGUACCGCCUGGAACGCCUUCGGUCCCGGGACCAUGAUCAUCAUCCUGGAGGAGACUGAGGAGGUCCCAGUGGGUAUAAUAGCAGGAGGGACUGUUGGCUGCACCAUCCUGCUGUUCCUGUGUUUACUAGUCCUGGUGCUGGUCUUCUACCGACAGCGCAAAGGCAGUCGUCGCGGGGUCACGCUGGGUAAGCCAGACAUCAAGGUAGAGACAAUAAACAAGGAGACCCACAGUCUGGAGGAGGACUCCGGCAGCGUUUCCACGGCAUCGCGCAUGGUCAAGGCCAUGUACUCGUUUCUGCCCUCUUCUGUACCCUUCUCUCCCUCCUCUCAGCCCUUUAAAGACGAUGUAGAACUGAAACAGGACCUACGCAGCGACACGCUAGACACGCGCCAGGAGUACGACCUGAAGGAUCCCACCAACGGCUACUACAACGUGCGAGCCUCCACCCACGACGAGGGCCGUCCCGCCUCCCGCUCCAUGCACUACUCCGACUACCGGUCCUCCAACCCCGCAGGGGGCGCUACCUCCGUCAGCAGCAGUGCUGGAGGAUCAGGGGCCACAGCCAGCGGAGGAGGCCCUCCAGGCCCAGGGCCCCUCUCCACCCCUGGCCGCCCCAGCUGCUACGACCCCCGGCCCCCCUCCAGACUGUCCCACAACAGCUAUGCCCAGUUUAACACCUUCACCCGGGCUGGGCAGAGCCAGCAGCCCCCUCCCAAUCCCCCGCCUCAGACCAGCGACUUCCCUGGGGACUGCAGCCUGUUGGACUCCUCUCAACUGGCCUACGACAACUACGGCUAUCCCUCUCACCCCUAUACCCCCUACCGCAUGGGCUUCGCCCCGCCCACUCUGGCUCCCUUGGAAGCCGGGCCAUCCUAUGAGAUGUACGGGGUGGGGUCGGGGGUGGGGCCUGUGCCGGUGGUGGGGCCUGGUGUGGGGGUGGUGCCUGGGGCAGCAACGUCAGGGUCAGAGACUGGACUGGGGAAGUAUGGAAGCUCUACCCGCUUCUCCUAUACCUCGCAGCAUUCUGACUACGGCCACAGAGGACACACACAGAGGAUGCAGACACAUGUGUGAGAUACAGUACAUUCUCACGUAGAGGGUGAGGGUGCAUUCUCAUACACACUGUCAUUCAGACACACACACACACAUUCGCAUUCUCAAACAUACACACAUAAACACGUGUGAGCUUACACACACACACACAGAGAGACACACAUGCAGGCACACACACACAGACACACACACACACACAGGAGUUAGAAUUUGCUCACAAGACAGGGAGUGUAUGAGAAAGAGAGAUAGUCCAGAUCAGUGGACAAUGGAGAGUAUCCCAGUGAGACAGGGAGGGGAAUUCCUUGUAAUCUAGAAUUCCCACACUCCCAGUGUUCAAUUCUUCGCUCUGAAAGAGCAGAAAGCGAAAGU